CCGAGGGUGAGGGCGAGCACAGAGAAUGCUAUGAACAGGGGGGGGCAGAAAAUUCAAGCAUGUUUGAAGAAAGAGGCAACCUGGGAGAGUGGUCUGUCUAUGUUGCCUAGAUCCCCUCUCGUUCGGGUGGAACAGAGUAUCCUCCCUCCCCCAGGAACACGUUAGCCGACUAUUCAGGGUCAUUCAUCAUGGGCUGGCUUGACGCCACAUGGCCAUGCGCCUGGACAGCGGAGAGAGCCAGAGGGGGAGGAGGGCUGUACGUCAGUUGGAAUUUACAGAUUGCACGGGGCAAGGGGGAGGUAAGAGGCGGGACGACGGCACCUCCUUUUUUUUUUGGGAAGAAAGAACAACACAAACGAAUGGGUUUGCAAGAAUAGUAUGUACUCCUUCCCAAAAUGAGCGUCGUGGAAACUCAGUUCUUCGAAAGUACGGUCCGAGGGAGGGUCAG